GUUCGUAUCUAGUUCACCCAGUCUUCCAGAGAGUGUGCUCCAUGCUUUGAGACCAGGAAGACCAUGGUGUACUGAAAUGAAGAUGGAAGCAGUGGGAAAAGCAGAACAGCUUGAUUCAGAAGUUCCACCAAAGACUUCUGAAAAGCAGGAGACUGCUCCUGAUGAAGACAGACCUAUAGAACUCAAGACACAAACUCGGAAAGACAACAUGCCUACUGCAGCAGGCUCUGUGGUGCUCUCUUCAAUGCCUUGCUUAUUGAUGGAACUGAGGAGAGACUCCUUGGAGUCUCAGCUAGCAUUUAUGGAGAGCCAUAAGCCAACGGGUGGUCAAGUUUAUGAGAGUGACUCUUCUAAUCACUGCAUGCUUUCUCCUUCUUCCAGUGGGCAUUUGGCUGACUCAGAUACGUUGUCUUCCACAGAAGAGAAUGAGCCCUGUCAGGCUGAAGCUGCUGUAGAGGGAGACUCUUCUGUGGUGUCUGGGGCUGCAGUUGGGAGGAAAUCCAGGCGAUCCAGGUCCGAAAGUGAAACUUCAACAAUGGCUGCCAAGAAAAACCGACAGUCUAGUGAUAAGCAGAAUGGUCGAGUUAUCAAGGUAAAAGGUCAUCGAAGCAAAAAGCACAAAGAAAGAAUCCGGCUCUUAAGACAGAAAAGGGAGGCAGCUGCUCGCAGGAAGUACAACCUGCUACAGGACAGCAGUACCAGUGAUAGUGACCUGACGUGUGACUCGAGCAUGAGCUCAUCAGAUGAUGAUGACGAAGUUUCAGGGAGCAGCAAGACAAUCACUGCAGAGAUACCAGAUGGACCUCCAGUUGUAGCUCAUUAUGAUAUAUCAGACACAAAUUCAGACCCAGAAGUGGUAAAUGUGGACAAUCUGUUGGCAGCUGCAGUAGUUCAAGGGUGCAGUAAUUCUUUAGGAAAUCAAGACUCAGGAUCUGCCUGGAGAACCAGAGGGCUGCUAGAUGAACUGGUUGCUGAUACAGGUCAUUUGGAUCCAGGCUACCUUGAAAGUAACAAAACCUCUUCUGGUAAUGCCCAGAUCAGUGACAAAAUAAAUAUUGCCUCUUCUGAUAGUGAAGUAGAGAUUACUGGAGUUGAGGAACAUGCCAGGUGUGUGCAUCCCAGGGGAGGUGUGAUUCAGAGUGCAUCUUCCUGGAAGCAUGGCUCAGGCUCAGAGUACAUUAACACUCAGCAAACGCAAUCAUGGACAGCUGUGACUCCCCAGCAGAACUGGUCUUCACCCCCAGAAGUAGAUCUCACUUUCGAUGAGGAUACCAGAUACAAAUAUCUACUGUAAUGCAGUGUCACUGUGUUUCUGUCUACUCCUCUGCUUUGUGGCACAGAAGUUCAUUGUUAAGCUUCAGCUUCAGAAGCCCUGCUCCUGGUAUUAAAAACUCAAACUCAUGAAGUUUUUAAUUUCCAUAUGAAUGUAGUAUAAUUUCAAUAUAAUUUAAAAUGGUUUUUCCUUUUCAAAGAGUGAUUCCUCCUAGAAUUAAAACCCAAUAGCACCAAAUUUAAAAUACAUCUACAGUUUUACUAACUUAUGCAUGUUAAUCUGUAAAAAAUAACUGUGCAAAUUUAUGUCUUCCCACCCUUUCCCACCUCCAACUUAAGAACAUAUUUAUCAGUAUUGGGUUUGUUGUUAGAAGUUAGUGUUUUGCUGUGUGAGCAUUUUGAGAAAAGCUGUGUCCUCACUGAUUUCAGUGGAACUGGGGGUAUUCCACACUUACAAAAACUGGGCCAAGAGUAUUCAUACCCAAGCUGAUUGUUUAUGUUACCAGCAGGAAGAAUUGUCUUAAAUGCAAAUGGACCAUAACAUAUGC